AUGCCUGCGUUGUGUGCGCCACGACCUUUAUUGUUGAUGCACCAUAUACAUGGAAGGUUUGAUGCCAGUUCUGUGCCUACCCCUGCCCCUGCAAGCCCCCGCAAGCUGGUGGCCUUCCCAAUGCUGGAUGUCGUGUGUGCGUGGAAUGCAGCACAGGAGUUGGCUGGAGAAUAUCAGGGGCAUUGGAGUGGACAAGGCUUUGCAUGCGGCAAUCAAUUGCGAUGGCAGGUUGCACGCAUUGUCCGACAGGGGUUGGUGGUCUUGUUGAAGGUUUCUUCACGUUCCAGCCUGCGGUUCCCUUUCAAUUGA